UACAUGACGUCACGUGCCCGGGUUAAAUAAGAGGGGGCUUUGACCAUGGCUCAGGACCACUCUGUCUUGGGACUCCAGCUUCUCAUCUCCUUUUCUUUCCGCUCCUGCAGCUCCUACCCUCCAAAAUGACCGAGUUCUCAGCGGAUCAGAUUGAGGACUUCAAGGAGGCUUUUGGUCUCUUUGACAGAAUUGGUGACAGCCAGGUGGCCUACAACCAGGUUGCUGACAUCAUGCGCGCUCUUGGACAGAACCCCACCAACAAGGAUGUUCAGAAGAUUCUGGGCAACCCUUCUGCUGACGACAUGGCCAACAAGAGGAUCAACUUUGAUGCUUUCCUGCCCAUGCUGAAGCAGGUCGAUGCCCUCCCCAAAGGUACCUAUGACGACUAUGUUGAGGGUCUGCGUGUGUUCGACAAGGAGGGCAACGGCACAGUCAUGGGUGCUGAGCUGCGCAUCGUGCUGUCCACCCUGGGAGAGAAGAUGACUGAGCCUGAGAUUGAUGCCCUUAUGGCCGGCCAGGAGGACGAGAACGGCAGUGUGCACUAUGAGGCUUUCGUCAAGCACAUCAUGUCUGUGUAAGAGGCCAGCAGUUGAAGUGCUGAAGGACCUGUAGCUCGCCUACAGACAGCCUACGGUGUUCAGGACAUCUACACUGUUUCAAAGACCAACCAAGGAAAGACAAGGACUAUGUACAAGGGAUGUUGAAGCAAACCCAUCUUGUUGUUUAUUUUGUUUUCCUUCACGUUUCAUUUCAAACCCUCCUCCCUCGGGACAUCUCUACGACCUCUCAACUGUAGACCCC